AAAUUAAACUUUAACCUCACAGUUAAAGAUUUCUACAGUCAGCCACUCCUCCUGCACACAGUCACAACAGUAAGUCAACUUUUAAGUAACCGUAAGGGACAUUUGGUUGCAGCAUUAACAGAUGGCACGCAAAUUGGCAAACAUUGGCAGGCUCUCCACCAAAGGUUCAGUGCUCCUGCUGUGUGACAUGCAAGAGAAGUUUCGACCCAACAUCUUUCAGUUCGAUAACAUUGUCAGCAAUGCAGCCAGGUUGCUCCAGGCCAGUCGUAUUCUGGGCAUCCCCCCCAUCUUGACGGAGCAGUACCCUAAAGGCUUGGGACCCACAGUACCUGAGCUGGGAGCAGGGGACCUGACCGCUUAUGCUAAAACCUCAUUCACCAUGAUGAUAGAGCAGGUGGAGAAGGAGCUGCAGACCCUGGGGAACCCCAAACAGUUCAUACUUUGUGGAAUAGAGGCCCACGCUUGUAUUGCAUGUACAGCAUAUGACCUGCUUGAAAAGGGAAUGGAGGUUCAUAUUGUGGCUGAUGCCGUCUCAUCUAGAAGCCAGACAGACCGUUUGUUUGCUCUGUCCCGACUGAAGCAAAGUGGAGCUUUCCUCACAACCACAGAGGCUGUUCUGCUGCAGCUGGUCCAAGACGCCAAACACCCCAACUUCAAGGAGAUCCAGAAGCUUAUGAUCCACCCGUCCCCCGACACCGGCCUCCUUGCCUUCUUCAGCGCUUUGUAGGGAGAUCAACAUCUGUUCUGUUCUAUACAUACUGUAUAGAGUCUCACUGCUACAAUAAAGUCAUGCUGCUACUUUAAA